AUGGCUGGGGCACAAAUCAAGGAAGCUAAAAAAACUACCGAACCUCUCAAUGUUUUCGGAUUGGCAGAUCUUUAUGGACGAAAAAAGGCGUUUAUGCCUGGUACCCUUUGCCAGAUUGCUUUUGCUUCGGUUGUGGCUUUGCACAAGACUCUCACGGAUGAUCUUACUCUCGCCGUCUUGCGUGCCUUCCAAGGCGUUGGAGACGCAGCUACAAUACCAUCUGCAGUAAAUGUUUUUGAUGCAAAACUCGGUAUCCUAGCGUAUGUGUUCCCUCCGUCAAGAGCACGUUCAAUGCCAUUCGCUACCUUUGCAGCAGGUGCUCCUGUCGGCGGUGCAUUUGACAUGAUCAUUAGCGGUGUCCUGACUCGACUUUCCUCAUCGCAUUGGCGCUCUGUAUUUUAUUUGGCUACCUUUAAUUGGAGUUUCCGCUCUGAUUUCAUUCGAUGCUCACCGGAACUCGUCAAACGUGUCGACUUGACGGGCGCUUCGCUUGUCACAGUUGGGUUGGUCUUGAUUGUGUUUGUACUUGGUCAAGGAGAAAUCGCUUCGGAUGGCUGGAAACCCCCUUAUAUUAUCGCCCUCCUUAUCGUCGGGGUUAUCAUGCUUGCGCUAUCCCUGCUUUGGGAGUGGAAGCUGGAACGAAUCAUUGACGAGGAUCUAUCAAAAAUGGCAUCUAUGUGGACACCGCCACCACUUCUUCUGGGUUCAGGUGCUUUAUCAAAACUACUUGUUGUUAACACCGGUCAAAACUAUGAUUCCCAUGUUUAUUGUCGGCCGUUUAUGCAACUCAUACUGAUGGUCGUUGCCAAAUUGCCCUUAGUUAUCUUUAUCGGCACCGCAUUUAGUCUAGCUAUAUCUACAAUCGUGUUCAACACUGUAGUUGAUAAGGAAUCUGCCAAGCUCGGUGUCACUAUCAACUCUAGAGGCACUGACGCACCCAUAUUUGCACAGCUCAUGGGGUAUGAAGAUGCGCAAGGACCUCCGCUGCGUUUGCCCUUAUCGCCUGGGCAUGGCAACGCUGAGAUGCCCACUAUGCCCAUCCAAGGAGGCUCAGUAGAGUUGUAACAAUACUAU